AUGCCCUCCGCCCGGCCGCCCCCGGCCCCCGCCGACGCCUCGCCCUGGCCCCCGGGGCCGCCGCCGCCGCUGCUGCUGCUGCUGCUCAGCCUGGCCGCGCUGCUCGCGGGGGCCUGGCUGCGGCGGCACCGGGCGCGGGGCAUCCCCCCGGGGCCCACGCCCUGGCCCGUGGUGGGCAACUUCGGCUUCGUGCUGCUGCCCCCGGCGGCGGGGGCGGGCGGGGAGCCCUCGGCCCGGGGCCCGCAGCUGCUCCUGGCCGACCUGGCUCGCGCGUACGGCGCGGUCUUCAGCUUCUUCAUCGGCCGCCACCUGGUGGUGGUCCUCAGCGACUUCCGCAGCGUGCGCGCGGCGCUGGUGCAGCAGGCCGAGAUCUUCAGCGACCGGCCGCGGGUGCCGCUCGUCUCCCUGGUAACCAAGGAGAAGGGGAUUGUAUUCGCACAUUAUGGUCCAGUCUGGAAACAACAGAGGAAGUUCUCUCAUUCAACUCUUCGACAUUUUGGCCUUGGAAAGCUUAGUUUGGAGCCCAAGAUUAUUGAGGAGUUUAAAUAUGUAAAAGAGGAAAUGCAGAAGCAUGGAGAAGACCCCUUCAACCCUUUCCCCAUCGUCAACAAUGCCGUCUCUAACAUCAUUUGCUCCCUGUGCUUUGGCCAGCGAUUUGAUUACACCAAUAGUGAGUUUAAGAAAAUGCUUCGUCUUAUGUCACGAGCAUUAGAAAUCUGUCUGAACUCCCAGCUCCUCCUGGUCAAUAUAUGCUCCUGGCUCUAUUAUCUUCCCUUUGGACCAUUUAAGGAAUUAAGACAAAUUGAAAAGGAUAUUACCACUUUCCUUAAAAAAAUCAUCAAAGACCAUAAAGAGUCUCUGAACGUAGAGAACCCUCAGGACUUCAUAGACAUGUACCUUCUCCAAGUGGAGGAGGAGAGAAAAAAUAAUAGCAAUAGUAGCUUUAAUGAGGAUUACUUAUUUUAUAUCAUUGGUGAUCUCUUCAUUGCUGGGACUGAUACCACAACUAACUCCUUGCUUUGGUGCCUUCUGUAUAUGUCACUGAACCCCGACAUACAAGAAAAAGUUCAGGAAGAAAUUGAAAGGGUCAUUGGUGCUGACAGAGUCCCUUCCCUCACUGACAAGGCGCAGAUGCCCUAUACAGAAGCCACCAUCAUGGAGGUACAGAGGCUGACUGUGGUGGUGCCACUUGCUAUUCCUCAUAUGACCUCGGAGAAAACAGUGCUCCAAGGAUAUACCAUUCCUAAAGGCACAGUGAUAUUACCCAACCUGUGGUCAGUACACAGAGACCCAGCCAUUUGGGAGAAACCAGAUGAUUUCUACCCUAAUCGAUUUCUGGAUGAUCAAGGACAACUUAUUAAAAAAGAAACAUUUAUUCCUUUUGGGAUAGGGAAGCGGGUGUGUAUGGGAGAACAGCUGGCAAAGAUGGAAUUAUUUCUGAUGUUCGUGAGCCUAAUGCAGAGUUUCACAUUUGCUUUACCGAAGGAUUCUAAGAAGCCCAUCCUGACUGGAAGAUAUGGUCUAACUUUAGCCCCACAUCCAUUUAAUAUAGUAAUUUCAAAGAGAUAAAGAACAAGUCCGAGAAGAGAAUGUAAAUACAUUUCCUUCCUAAACAGGUUCUUCCUUCCGCAUUGACAGCAGACCCAGUAAUGCAGUAGAUCCAGAUUAGGCUCAGAUGAGAGGGAGACUGGAAAGCGAGUAGAGCUUGCAUCUUGGAAGAUUCCUCAGAGGAUACUUCUGUCAUUUUAGUAAUGCAUGUCUGUGACUGGGGACCAAAGUGCUGGAUGGGAAGCGGGAGAUCUGGCUUUUAUCCCCAGUGGCUCCCACCAGUGAACAUUUCUUCUCAUCACUCAGUGCCUCAGUCAUUCCAUAAAAUGAGGUUAAGAAAUGUGCCUUCUUUCCAUCUCUCAGCACUAAGGAAGGUCAAAUGCCUCAUAUCUUUUCUGGUAUCACCAAAACACUUGUUAAGUACCGGAGAACAAAUUCAGAAGUAGUAGGAAGACCUGCCAGUUUAAGACCUGUGACAGCAUGAAAGUGGUAUUUGUACUUGAAUAUUUUGUCAGGGAAGGAUGUGGGUUUAAGUCAUGAUGAGUUAGAGCUUUUCUUGGCACAGAUCCUAUGUCUGUUUUGGGAGAUGGGAGGCUUGUUUUGUUACCAUUAUCUAUUCAUUUGUGAUUUCGUUUUUUCACAUUUUGUAGACAUGGACUCAAGUGCCCUUGUCUGGUAUGUACAGGAAAGGCUGUUGCUUGAAUUUUUAUGUCUACCUUCUGUUUCAACUACAGGAACAGUGAGCCUGGCUGAAGGAGUGGCUUCACGGCAGAGUUUCUUUCUGCUGGGUUGCUCACAGAGAUGUAGCUCUACCUUUUGACUUGAGCCCCGAAUAGUGAGGUUGGGAAUUCUGAUACUGAGAUUGAUCAGGGAAGGAUUCAAACUGUGAACCACUUGUCUGUGCUGCCACCACGUGAUCCCAUGGGCAUCUACUCUGUGUUUUCAGUACAGAUAGAUGAAGUACAGGCAAAUCUCUAGGUGCCUUGAGGAUUUUUGUCAAUUAAAAAAAAAAAAAAAACGAAUAAGCUAAGUGCCCAGGAAUUGUGAGUGAAU